AUGAAUGUAAUGCCACCGGUAAUUCGACCAACCUUCGUAUCUACGUCUCGACAGGCAUGCCGACCCAUGUCAUUUACUUUAAAUCGUCGAAGUAGAGGCGUACCUUCGUAUCCACGGGCGAUGUCUUCACAACGGAAUUUCGGCGUUGAUCUUCAAGACGACAGUGCAAGUCGUCGCUGGCUCUGGAGGGGCACUACUAUAGGUCUGUGCUUAGGCACGGGGAGCCUGGCGUACUGGCUAUACACAAUGUGGCGAGAAAGCAGGGAGAUAUGGCCGGAAGUGGUCGCACCCGACCUUCGUCGUGCCCUAUACGCAAAGCGCAAAGGGGAUUUGGUAGUUAGCGAACAACAUUUCCGGAGGGCUCUCCAGUUACUUCUUCCAUUACCUACAGAAGACCUACGAGGCGACCCGCAUCUUAAGGUCACCGGAGUAGCCAUUGCUUUGGCUGAUCUCCUAGAAAUUCAGGGAAAGACAAAGGAAGCUUACGACACAUAUGCGGAUGGAUUUGAGUACCUUCGCCGGGUGCAGUUAAAUUCCCCAUUAUCGGGCCCAGAAACCCUGCGCCUCAUUUCCAUCGCAUACAAACUGGGAGAAUUGGCCGGCGAGCUAAAAUUAACGGAGGACGAAGAGAAGUGGCUAGUUGUGGCCGUAGAACAAAUAUUGAAAGAUGCUGGGCGCAGCGCCGGUAAACAAGGUUCACUGCAACAAGCAAGUAGUACCACGGAUACUCAGAGUUCCGGUUCUCCCGAAGGGCUAGCAGGGAUUGAUCUUCCAGGUUGGGCUUCUGCAGUUGACAUAGCCGCGCCAUUGGAAGCUCUCGCUGAAUUUUACGAGCAGAGAGGCCAGACUGAAUAUGCCCUGCCUCUGUAUCUUCAUAGCGCGUCGGUUUUGGUCCCGCCGAAGUCCGAGAAACAGACAUCGCCAGAAGAUCAAUGCCGUGGCGCGAAUAUGAUGCUAAAAAUAUCCGAACUCAUCUUACGCGGUCCUGAGAGCAAGCACACUCUUCAUUCAGCGGAAGCUUGGGCUCAGAAGGGGCUGGCCGUCGUACAAGAGGCUCGCUCUAAAUCUUGGGGGACGGUGCCUAUCUGCGAGGAGAUGCUUGUUGCUGCUUAUCACGGAGCUGGCUUGUUACGGGAGCUCUCAGGGGAUGGUGAUGGUGCACGAAAAUUGUACAGCGCAGCGAUUGUCCAGGGCAAGUCACAGCACAUGACCCAGGAAGUUGACAUGCUCCAUGAGCGCAUCCUAGCUCUGCGACCCCAGAAGUAA